UAGCAGGUUUUACCAGGUUUUUUUUUCGUUCGUAUUUAUUGUCUGGAAUUUAUAUGGAUCGCAGGCAAACAUCAUGGACGCUGAAGAUGUUGAACGUGAAUUGCAGGAUACGUCGAAUCCAUUUUUAACCAAAAUUUUGCAGUUGCAAAAAAACAACGAGAAAAGAAUAAGCAGGCUUGAGACCCAGGUAAAGGCACAGGAAGCUCUUAUUAUUGGAAUGUCUGGGAUACCUUUUCGGCGAUCCAAUCAACAUUAUUCCGAAUAUUUUCAAAAAGAAACACGAAAGUUCGAGCAAAUCGGCGCUAGACGUUUCUAUAUAUCUGACAAACACUUUCCAGAUUCUUUGCCAGUGGCCGAAGGAAUAUGUCGCCAAAUGGGUGGCUCAUUAGUCGCCAUUAAAGACCAAGACGAACUGGACGCCAUUAAUGCAAAAGUCAAUAAUAAUACCCGUUUCUGGCUGGGCAUCAACGAUCGUAAGAAUAAUGGAACUUACGUAUCGCAGGCCACCGGAAAGGUAGCUCCAUUCUUGAAGUGGCGAUCGGGCGAACCCAACAACAAGGGAGGCGAUGAGCACUGCGUCGAACUUCUUGACGGCGAAAUGAAUGAUGUUCCGUGUUCCAUGCAUCUUUUUACAAUUUGCCAAGAGGGCAAUGGUGUUUAGCUUCACAGAAACACAAAAACAAUUCUUCAAAAUAAAAAUUCUGAGAA